CUUGAUUAGCUGUGUGACGAUUAAAGUCCGCUUUCCUAUAUUUGAAAAAAAAUGUUUUUAAUAGUAAGUAAAAAGGUGAAGGUUAGAGGACAAAAAGUGAAUAUCGUGUUUAUCGCGCGAUUGAAUCGAAAGUUUACAAUAGUGCAUUGUCAUCAAGAUCAAGCUCCCAGAGCAGUAAUGGAUAUAGGAAUUCAGAGAUAAAUUAAUCAUUGGCUGUUUAGUACUCAGAACUGCCCUUACAGAUUAUAUGACAGGAAGCAAUUCAGUGGGAUGGCAAAAUUCAGCACAAUCUGUGGAUUUAAGUGGAGGAACGCAAAUCAAAGAUUCAUACGGCAAUAUGAUAACUCUUAUGAUGAUUGCUAAUCCUGGAACAGGAACUGGGGAAAUCACUGGAAGUAGUGUGGGCAAUAGAUUUACAAACGGAAAUGAAAAUGGAAUUACCAAUAGUUUUAGUAACGCAGCAGAACAACCAUACACUAAAUCAGAGUAUAGAAGUGCAAGCAGCUACAAUCCAACGGUGAUAACACUUGGACCAAAAGGUGACAUCAAAAGCAUCACUAAGAGUUUGGAUUCCUCAUCAGGAUCAUACGGAACUAGCAGCAGCUACAACCCUUCACUAUCUAUAGCUGGAUCACUUAGCAGCACCAAUCAUUUUAUUCCUUCGACUUCAUCAGCUGAAUCGUAUAGUGAUAGCAACAGUUUUGUUCCAUCAACUACAUCAGCUGGAUCAUACAGUUCUACCAACAGAUUUGUUCCUUCGACAUUUUCAACUGGAUCAUAUGGCAGUAUUAAUAACUACAAUCCAACUAUUUCAUCUGGAUCAUCUGGAGCAUUUGUUGAUUCUAAUCAUAAUCAGUCUGCUUCAUCUUAUGGGUCAAUUGCUAGUGCUAGUAGCUACAAUCCCAUAAGUUCAUCAGUUGGAUCUUAUAGUGGCAGCAGUAGCUAUGAUCCGUUUGGAAUAAAUAAUUUUGACGAAGUUCAACACAAAUAUAGUCAGAAUAUUCCUGUUAAUCAACACAUGAAUGUCAAAAAACCUGCGAGUGUUCCUGUCUACAAGAAUGUCGGAGUUCCUGUCCCACAACCUGUAGGAAUUCAAGUGCCUCAUCCUAUUGAAAUCGGUGUACCUCAAAUGUACCCAGUACAUGUACCUGUUUCUCGACCAGUUUCAGUGCCAGUUAUAAGAACCAUCGCAGUUCCUGUAGAAAAGAAGGUUCCAUUUCCGGUCGAAAAAAUUGUUCCAUUUCCAGUAGAAAAAAACGUCCCAUACACAAUUGAAAAAUACAUUCCGUAUCCGGUUGAUAAACCUUACCCGAUUCACGUUCCUGUUUAUAGACACGUUUUUCACCGAUACAGAGGUCAUGGUUACAGGUCAUCCUAAAAAAAUGUACUUCUUAGUAAUCAAAUUUUCAUCAAUGAUUUUAUUUUUUGGAGUCUAGUCUUGUAUGAAAUCAAAAUUUGGUCAGUAGGAUGUUAUUUUAAUUGUCUUGUGUUAAACUUAUUCCGAUAACAAGGACCGGGUUAGGGUUAAUAAUAAAAUAUUGAGAUUAAUAGAACUUAGUACACUCGAUACUCAGUCACUAAGUCAUUUAUUUCAAAUUUUUUAAUGAAUUAGAAAGAGAAAACAGGAUUUUAUUUUAUUUUUUUUUAUUUUAGAGUACUGCAUUUUAUGAAUUAUUGUGAAACAGCUCAUUUAUUUAGUAUGAAAUCUUUUUUAUCUUAGAAUGACUAUAGUGAACAUAGUGAUUGUAAUUAUAACUAAAUGUACAGAAAACCCAAAUAUUUAUAUUGUCUUACAUUUGUAUGUUAUUGAUUAUUGUAAUAAUAAAUUAAUUGAUUCUACAAUAGGAAUACUGUUAUGAAAAUCACUUAUGUUUUUAAUUUUAUUUAUAAUUUA